GACGUCGCUAAAGCGUCUGAGGCCUUAAAGGCCUCCCAGAAGAAGCCGGCUAGCAAAGCUAAUGCGAAGCAUGCUCCAGCUGCGAAAGGUGAAAAGGUCCCUAAGAAACCGGAAUCCCAGUCCUACCGGGACAUAGUCCGUGCGCGCAAGGUCAAGAGCAUUGCAAAGAAGAAGGUAGUUCGCCGAUUGAAAUACCUUCGACUGAAGAAGAUCAUGAUGAAGCGUGCCCAAAAACAUUUAGCCGAGUACAGUAAAGCGCAGAAACGUGAAGUUAACCUAAAGCGCAAUGCUGAAAAGUUUGGAAACUUCUACGUUGAAGCAGAACCUCGCCUGGCCUUCGCCGUUCGUAUCCGUGGUAUUAAUGGAAUUCAUCCCAAGCCUCGUAAGACUCUACAACUUAUGAGACUCAGGCAGAUUAACAAUGGCGCUUUCGUUCGGCUAAAUAAGGCGACUUUGAACAUGUUAAGACUCAUUGAUCCUUAUAUAGCCUGGGGCUACCCAUCUCUGAAGACAGUGAGACGACUAAUUUACAAACGUGGCUUCUGUAAAAUACGAGGUCAAAGAUUGCCCCUCACCAAUGCCAGGAUCCAGAAACGCCUCGGCCGAUAUGGAAUAAUCUGUACUGAGGAUCUUGUUCACGAGCUCUAUACGGUCGGACCACACUUUAAGCAGGCUUCCUCAUUCCUCUGGCGGUUCAAGCUGAACAACCCAACUGGAGGGUUCCGCAAGAAGGGUCGCCACUUCGUCGAAGGUGGUGAUUUCGGAAACCGUGAGAAGUACAUAAACCGAAUGUUGAAAACUAUGAUAUAA